AAAAAUAUAAUUUUACGUUGUAGUUUUAUAUUCCUAACCUCUUGAAGUCUGUAACUGUGGACCUGGCUUUCAGUUCUCUUAAAGAAUGAAUAAAUGUUUCUCUGUGCCAUGUUGAUUCUAGAAAUACCUGCGACAUUAAGUAACAAAAUGAUUUUCAACCAUCUCUGUACACACUACACAGUGAGGGUAAAUUCACUGCACAUUACCUCGUAGACGACGCAUCAGAGAGAAAGUGCGAACGAUCAGAUGUCUGAAGCACGAUUUUUAGUUCUGUGUAUGAUCUAAGCCGUAGCCUCUAUGCCGUAGGUUAUGUGUCGGUUUUCAUUUACACUUCUGCAUCGUUGUCCGCGUCGACAGGCAAUGACCACUAGUCGUCCAAUUGUGUGAAGAACUGUUUGAAUGGGCACGACGCCUCUGAGUAGUCUAACAGUGAAUUGAGUUAAAAACUACACUUGGUACAUUUACUGGAAAACCAGUGAGUCAAUUAUACGUCCCCUGUUUGGUGGGAUGUGUCAUGAACGGUAGACAGAGAACCCAGACGCAGACAGAGGUGGUGGAAAACAAUGAUGGGUCCGAUGUGACGUCAUCAAGAUAUUAUCUUCAUUUUAAAGGUCUGAAGUGGACCAAUAGACCCAUAUGUGGUAUUGUUUGUAAUUGUAGACUCUCUAUUUUCCACAGAUAUGAAUAAAUUUGGACAUUUAUGUUACUAUAAGAUAGUUAUUUACACUUUAUUUGGACUAUCCCCCCGUUUUUGUACAUUGUCCAAUAUUCAUAUUCUUUAUAUCGCUAAAGAUGGGCAAAGAUGGGCAAAUCAUAUAUCAAAUGAAAGCUCUUAUUCCCAGGAAUAAGGAUCCACUGUUACUUUUGUUUUUUUAAUCACAUAACCAACAGGCUUCAAAUACAACUUCACCUAAGAAAUACACAUUUUGUAAACAUGCUAGUGAAACAUUUUAUAUUUGCUUUGUGAGAUAGGAAAUAGUGACAAAUUCUACAUCAUCUCUUACCUUAGAUUCUCUUCUACAAAAGGAGCACAUUAUCACCGUUUUGUGUGAUUGUUCGCACGAAUAAUCCCUUGCUUUGUCUUGUAUGCGCAAAACACAACAAAGCAUUGUUAGGAUAUUGACAAAUUCUGGAAAAUAUGAAAACAUCCAAAUGACAUGCAUAUCAUCCGAAAUGUAAGACCCUCAGCUUUGCAAUGAUAUGACGCACGCUCAGAUCGGCCAAUCAGAAGGUGAGGUAAUGUAACCUAAGCUAGAGGAGUCGUGUACUGACUAGAAAACCUGAACAUCGUGACAUCAUGUUUCUUAUUCUCACAUUCAACAGUCUGAUGUCAAGAGUCAAUGAUAGAGGAACUAGAUCACAUUAUCUUCUGUCAAAUCUUCUGAGUGUGAGUGAAGCACAAGUGACUCAUGUGUUCAUCAGUUCUGGUGAAAGUGUGUCUCUGUCCUGUAAUGAUGCUCUUCAUCAAUGCUCCUCAACUUCAUGGUUCUACAGUAAAUAUAUAACAUCAUCUACAGUAGAAAUGUUUGAUAGAGGAAUAAAUCAGAAUAACACAGAGAGAUCUGAGAGACUGAGUCUGACAUCUAACUGCUCUCUCAACAUCUAUAAAACAACACAACAUGAUCAUGGACUUUACAUCUGCACACAAUAUGUGAAUAAAAGUCAACAUGGAUCUUAUUCAUAUGUUGAUCUACAUGUUCUUCAUGUGUCUUCAUCAUCAUCAUCAUCAUCAUCACAGACUGAUAUAAGAGCAAAUACAUCUGUCACUCUCUCCUGUCGGCUGUUUUCAUAUAACUGUGAUUAUGUGAUCAGUUAUUAUGGAUUUCAGCUAGUGUGGAUGAAUCAGACUGAUGUUGAUCUAAAGACAGACUCCAGAUAUCAGAUUAGAUCAGAUAAACUCUGUCUGAUCUCUUUGACUACAACACUUGUGAAUGAAGACGACAACACAGAGUUGAGAUGUGUGCUCAAACACAAGAAUGACAUCAAGACCUCAGUCACAUAUACUGUCAGAUUUACAGCAUCAACUACAACAUCACUAAUAAUAAGAGUGAUUCUAGUGAUUGUUGAGGUGUCAGUGUUUGCUGCUCCUACUGUCAUUCUUCUUCAGAUCAUCUGUGCAGGAAGAGCGCGUGAGUUUUCAUCAUCAUCAUCAUCAUCAUCAUCAUCAUCAUCAUCAUCAUCAUCAUUCACCUGAAACAAUCCAGAAAACAAACAGCAGAACUUCAUCACUUUUAUUGACUUUUAUCUUCUCAGAAAACAGAAGAAGGACUCAGAACGCUCAUCCAGAAGACACAGUGAUGUCAGUUUUUGAAUAAAUCCUCUUCAUGAGUAAAUUACAGCAGCUUUAUUUCAUCAGAUUUUAUUCAUAUGUGUGUAAUGCUUUUAAAUGAAGUUUAUUGUCACGCCUUUAUUAAACUGAUAGUUUACCCCAAAAAUAAACAUCUGUCAUCAUUUACUCACCUUCACAUUGCUCUGAACCUGUUUAUAUUUACAUUGAACACGAAAGAAGAUAUUUUGAAGAAUGUGGGAAAGUAAUCAGUUCUGGGUCACCAUUGACUAUAGUAAUCUUUUGUUUGGUUACACACAUUCUUUCUUUGUGUUCAGCAGAACAAAGUAUUUGACACAGAUUUAAAAGACAUUGAGGGCGAGUAAAUGAUGAGGGAAUUGACAUUUUUAAUUAUGCUAACAGACUGAGUCUGAAGAUUUGUGUUACUGUGUUUGUGUAACGUUACUGAAUUGUGUUGAUUUAUAUCUGGUAAUUCUGCCUUAAACAUGUUUUGAUUUUGCAUGAUUGCUGAAUAAAAAGUCUGAUAUUGA